AUGUCGAGGUACGAAGUCCCUCUCGACGUUGUCCGAGCUGCACCAAAAGUCCAUGCUGCCACCUUCGCCUCCACCACAGACGAGAAGACCUCCGACGAGUCGACUGCGGCGGUGGCGGAGGCGACUUGGCAGACCAUCUCGUCUGGCGAGCUCGUGCCGGGCGACAUUGUGUCGGCAUCCUCUCUGCUGGGUAAGACGCUGCCCGCUGACAUGGCUCUCAUCAGUUCUGCCACUGUUGUUACCAACGAGGCCAUGCUCACGGGAGAGAGUACGCCCAGUUCCAAGACAGCCAUCAAGCCUGCCACGCUGAGUCAAGUCAUGGAGGGCACACAGAACGAGCAAGAACUCGAGAAGAGCAUGCUGUGGGGAGGAAAAUUGCUACUUCGAGCUGUUCCGGAGGACGCCCAGGAUGCCGAGGUCAGAGCAAUUGUUCUUUCCACAGGAUGGUCGAGCACAAAGGGAAGUCUGGUCAAGAUGAUGCUGUUCACCAAGCCCAUCGAGUCCAAGUUUUACAGUGAUGCCUUCAAGUUCAUCCUCAUUCUCACCAUCAUGGCUUGCAUUGGUUUCAUCGGCAGUGUCAUCAACUUCGUCAAGAAGGGCGUCUCGGGCGGUGAGAUCGCCUUGCGGUUGAUCGACCUGUUCACCAUCUGCAUCCCUCCUGCUCUGCCCGCUGCUCUAUCCAUUGCCCACACGUUCGCUCUGAACAGGCUCAAGAGGCAGAACAUCCACUGCAUUGCUCCACAGCGUAUCAGUGUCGCUGGUAAGGUAUUCAUCGCCGUCUUCGAUAAGACAGGAACCUUGACCGAAGGGGGACUGGAUGUCAGGGGUGUCAGGCUGCCGUCGGGCGAGCGCGUCAAUCGACUGGGCGAGCUGGCUGAGAAAGUGUCAGAUGUGCAAGAAGACGAGCAUGAUGUCAAGAUGGUCGAAGCCAUGGCAGUCACGCACGAUGUGACCGUCAUUGAUGGAGAGGCGCUGGGUGAUCCUCUGGAGACGAGCAUGCUUGCUUGGACAGGCUGGUUGAUGGAAGAGUCACCACGUCCUCUAGAAGGCGUCCACGUCGAAGUCGGUGAUAAGCAACCCAAAGCAACCUGCGCUCGCUCCGCAGACGGCACUUCCUCCGCCGCCCUGCUUCGCGAGUUCGAAUUCAGCCCGGCUCUGCGACGAAUGUCGGUCGUCACGCAAGGAUCUUCCGUGGAGAAAGCCAGGAACUACGUGAAAGGCGCUUCAGAAGCCCUCGCCCCACUCUGUGACCCCGCUACGAUCCCAGAGGGCUAUCACAACGUCUUGCACGACGCCACUGUAAAGGGAAUUCGAGUCUUGGCCUUUGCCUACAAGAAGGUCUCCCUGUCUUACAAUGGCUCUCAACGCCUCUCUCGAGACUCUGUCGAAUCCCAACUGAACUUUUUGCAUCUGCUCUUCUUCGAGAACAAGCUGAAAGAGAUGAGCGGCCCUGCUAUCGAGGAGUUGCAGCAGGCUUCCAUUCCUUGCAAGAUGUGCACGGGAGAUGCUGUCGAUACUGCUAUUGCCAUUGCAAGGCAGUGUAACCUCAUUGCUACCGGUCAGCCCGUGUUUGUGCCUCGUCUUCCGGAAGCCAACAGCCAGGAACGCACUUCGACGGCGGGGCAGGCCAGCAGUAGGGGUGGUACCUUCGUCAAUCAGCCCACCGAGCUGAUCUGGAGCGAUAUCGAUCUGCCGCUAGGCUCAGAGGCUGGCUCCGAGACGGGCUUGGACCCUUACUCCUUGACGCCAAAAGAUCCUUCCCUGUCCCUGUCCCAAGUCGGUCUGGCUUUGACUGGCGAUGUCUUCACGCAUCUGUUGACGCAUGCUUCGCAAGAGACGCUCUCGCGCUUGUUGGUCCGAGCUGCCGUCUUUGCUCGAUUCAAUCCCGAGCUGAAGGCCGAGCUGAUCGAACAACUCCAGAAGCUCGGUCACACUGUGGCCUUCACCGGAGACGGCGCCAACGAUACCGGGGCCUUGAAGGCCGCCGAUGUCGGUCUCUCCUUGUCUGAGGCCGAGGCCAGUGUCGCUGCCCCCUUCACGUCGGGCAACGAUACCAUUGGCAGCUUGACCGCCCUCAUCAAGGAAGGUCGUAACGCGCUGGCUACUCAGGUGGCUAUGUUCUUGUUCAUGGCCGUCUACGCCAUCUCGGAAUACUAUUCGGUCAUCUUCCUCCACGGUCAGGCCACUUCGUUUGACAACGCCUCUUAUCUAUACAUCGACAUCUUCGAAGUCUUCUUCAUGCUCUCCUUUUUCGGUUCGGUGACCUUCCUGAUCGUCGCUCAGACGGUGCCCUACAUAGUCCUUCACGAGCAGAGUUGGUACCAGGCUCCCGAUGUAGACCCAGACGAUCUAGUCCUGGACGAUCAAGACUCGACGGUAGUGGCCAAGACCAACUUCUUCACUCUGGUCUGGGCAGGUCUGGUAUGGAACAUCGGUCCUCCUCAUCGUGAACCAGUCUAUCGAAAUUACCUCUUGGUCUUGGCUCUCGUCGGUCUAUUCACCGUCUCCCUAGCCAUCCUCUUCUCCAAUACAGAUGGCAACGGCAUGCAGAAGUUGUAUGGAUUCUUCGAGAUCCUGUAUUCCUUCUUGGGAUUGAUCUUCGGCGUGGUCCUGAUCCAGACGGUGUACAUCUUCGUAUGGGAGUUGGUCUUGAUCGAGCCCAUCGCCAAAGCUAUGGAUGGACCUAUGUUGAAGUGGAGGAGGUUCAAGUUGAAGAGGAGGAAUGCUAAGAUUUCUUCUAGAAAUGGUGGUGGUGGUGGUGAAGAGACGUUGGAAGUGGAGAAGAAGUAUCGUAGUGUGGAGAGGGCUUUGAAGUUGGAGGAUGCGCAGAGGAAGAAGAUGAUGCAGGAGAAGCACUAG